GCCCUUCCCAAAGCCACUAUUGCCCAUGCACGUGGCUACUUGCUUUCCCUUCUCUCCCUCCCUUCUCUCUCUCCCACCCAUCCCCACGCAGGGUUCCUUACUAAGGCUCCCACCCUGACCUAACCCCACCGACACAGCUGCAGGCGCUCCCCACAACGCUGCUCCUCAGUGCAGACUCCUUGCUGCAUUCCUUAAAGAGGCAGCCCUCGCUCCACUUUCUGCUGCGCCUUCCCCUCUCACCAGUCCCCCAGCGCUCAGGGUCGUCGCUCAGAUCUCCUGCAGACAGCACAGGAGCCCCUCCCGGAGGCAAAUACCCAGCAUGACCGCCCUGUGGAUCACAGGGCAUCCCCCUCCCCUCUGCUGGAGGGGGAUCCUCCUCCCCCAGGCAGGACCCGCCUACUAGCUGCAGGUGGCUGCUCAGAACAGGAAGUUGCCACUGUUCAUCUAGUUAAUUUCACACUCUUGUCACUGAGCUGCUGUGUGACAGGGGCUGGCUAGGAGCGGGGAAUCUCAGCCUGGGACCAUUCACCCGUCACAAAGCCAGCUGGGGACUCCCCCCUCGCCUCCUGCCACUCCGGAUUAUCUAUAGAGACCAGCGUGGACCUUUCUGUAAAGUGCAGCUGAGAGGUGAUAGCAGGAGCUCGGGUGGUUUUUUCCCCACCCCCCACCCCUCAUUGAAACUCCUGUUUCCUCUUAUACUUCGAAGGAUCUUGCUUUUUGGUUGGCGUGACAUUUCCAACUUUUCAGCCAGGGCGCUGUACAUUUUUGCCUGCCCCAUCUCCUCUCUCUAUAAAGCAGGACUUGGUCAGGCGACACAGAUGAGUUCCAUCCAUAAGGACCCGGAGUUUGGCUUGCAGUCUGGGGACCAUGACCCAAAUCAAAACGUCAGCCCUCAAGAGGAAUUCGACUUCUCGAUAUUAUUCGAUUAUGAUUAUUUGAAGCCUAUAGAAGAAGAACCGACUCCUUCACAUAAAACCAACAGCCCACCCACUGGAGUUACAUACCCUCAUGAUGAUGUCUUGGACUAUGGCCUCAAGCCAUACAGCCCCCUGGCUUUUCCUAGUCUUUCUGCAGAUCACAUGGGCAGAUAUGGACAGCCAGAUAGCAUAGGGUCAAAAUGCAACUUGGACCCUGUAAAGUCUGGGGCCUCUGCUUUGAGCCCUAGGAUUGAGAUCACUCCAUCCCAUGAACUGAUUCAUGCAGGGGGUCCCUUCCGCAGCAGAGACACAGAUCUUUUGGUAGAACAUCAGUCCACCUCAGCCACCGCUAGCCCAAGGUUUACACUGCCUGUCCCUGGCUUUGAGGGCUACCGAGAACCGCUAUGUUUGAGCCCAGCUAGUAGCGGCUCAUCUGCAAGUUUCAUUUCAGAGACAAAUUUCUCUCCUUACACAUCACCGUGUGUUUCACCAAAUAAUGGUCCUAGUGAUGACCUUUGUCCACAGUUUCAAAACAUCCCUACUCGUUAUUCCCCUAGAACCUCGCCAAUAAUGUCACCACGAACAAGCAUCACGGAGGAUACCUGCUUGGGACCACAUUCACCAUCACCCCGUCCCAACUCAAGGUCUUCAUCACCAGGUGCAAAACGGAGGUAUUCUUGCACUGAGCUCUGCAACACUCAACCGCCUUCUGCUUCUCCACGACAGUCAAGGACCCCUUCUCCACAAGCCUCUCCUCACCUUCCUGUGAGAGAAGACAGCUCUUUGGUCACUUACACCCAGUUGCCCAGCUCUUCGAGUCUCAUGGAUGCUAUGAGCAACCUUAGCACGGAUCCUCCCUGUGGUGUUCCCACGAAAAUUUGGAGAAACAGCCCUGAUCCCCCCUCCAUGCCUUCCCACAAAAACAGCAUUCCAUGUCACGUCUUUCAGACCGUUGAUUACCUUGGGCCUUGUGAUCAGGAAGACAGGAGAAACCCAGCACCGGAAUCUAUUCUGUUAGUACCUCCAUCUUGGUCAAAGCAACUGGUGCCUGCAAUACCCAUCUGCAGUGUACCUGUUGCAUCCCUUCCACCUCUGGAGUGGCCACUCUCUAACCAGUCUGGCUCUUACGAAUUGCGCAUUGAAGUGCAGCCAAAACCUCACCAUCGGGCACAUUAUGAAACUGAGGGGAGCCGAGGGGCAGUCAAAGCACCAACAGGAGGCCAUCCGGUGGUCCAGCUUCAUGGUUAUAUGGAGAACAAACCCUUGGGUCUUCAGAUCUUCAUUGGGACAGCAGAUGAACGGAUACUUAAACCUCAUGCUUUCUAUCAAGUCCAUCGCAUAACCGGGAAAACUGUUACUACCACCAGCUAUGAGAAAAUCAUAGGCAACACCAAAGUUCUAGAGAUCCCUCUGGAGCCCAAAAACAACAUGAGAGCAACCAUUGACUGUGCGGGGAUUUUGAAGUUGAGGAAUGCGGACAUCGAACUGAGGAAAGGGGAGACGGACAUUGGAAGGAAGAACACCCGGGUGCGGCUUGUCUUCCGUGUGCACAUCCCUGAAUCCAGUGGCAGAAUAGUCUCUUUGCAAGCGGCAUCUAAUCCCAUUGAAUGCUCCCAAAGAUCUGCUCAUGAGCUUCCAAUGGUUGAAAGACAGGAUAUCGAUAGCUGCCUAGUUUAUGGUGGACAGCAGAUGAUCCUCUCUGGUCAGAAUUUCACAGCAGAAUCUAAAGUUGUAUUCACUGAGAAGACGUCAGAUGGUCAGCAGAUCUGGGAGAUGGAAGCAACAGUGGAUAAGGAUAAGAGCCAACCUAGCAUGCUGUUUGUCGAGAUACCAGAGUAUCGGAACAAGCACAUCCGUACACCUGUGAAGGUGAAUUUCUAUGUCAUCAAUGGGAAAAGAAAAAGAAGUCAGCCACAGCAUUUUACCUAUCAUCCAGUACCAUCAAUCAAAACAGAGCCCAUUGAUGACUAUGAUCCAGCUUUAAUCUGCAAUACAGUACACAGUGGUCUGGGAACAGUAACACAGCCUUACUAUUCACAGCACACAAUGGUCACCGAAUCCCCUUCCUGUCUUGUGGCCACUAUGGCUUCCUGCCAGCAGUUGCGUUCAGGCCUGACUUCUACUGAUUCUCGAUAUCAUCAGCAGAACCCAGCAGCUGUAAUAUACCAAAGAAGCAAAAGUCUCAGUCCUAGCCAACUGGGCUACCAGCAAUCCAAUUUGAUGGCCACACAGGUUUCCAUUUCAGAUGCACACAGGUCAGUGCUGAUGCAUGCUGGUUCCCCAGGCCAGACCUCAGCUGUGCUCCAUCACUCUCCAGCCAGUCAACAGUCUUCUCCUGUGAUUCACUAUUCUCAAACCAAUCAGCAGCUGAGGUGUGGAAGUCAUCAAGAAUUCCAGCAUAUCAUGUGCUGUGAAAAUUUUACCUCUAAUGUGCCGAGACCCAGCCAGCCACAGGUCAGUCAAGCACAAAGGAUAAGUCCAAGUUCAUAUCCUACAGUGAUUCAGCAGCAGACAGCCACAAGCCCCAGAGCAUCAAAAAAUGGACCACCCAUUAGUGAUCAGAAAGAAGUUUUACCAGCUGGAGUCACCAUUAAACAGGAACAGAAUCUGGACCAAGCAUACCUGGAUGAUGAGCUGAUAGAUACACAUCUUAGCUGGAUACAAAACAUUAUAUGAAACAGAAUGACUGUGAUCUUUGAUCCAAGAAAUCAAAGUAAAAGUUAAUGAAAUUAUCAGGAAGGAGUUUUCUGGACUCCCUGCCAGAAAUCAGACGUAGAAGAAGAGAAUUGUGAGACAACUUUUACUGAAUCCUUCCAUAACUGACCUGUUUAGAUCCUUCCACUGCCCCUUCAACCUCCUGCUUCCUUAAUGGCUCAUCUCAAGGCACCGAUUCAAUGAAAGGAACAAUGUAUUGGCAUCAAGCUGACAGCCUUGACUAAGCAACUAGCCACCUCUCUCUGUAAACAUCAAAAGGACACCCUUCCUUUAGUCCAAAGAUUGUAUUGUUCUCAUAUAACAUGAUAGCGUCUUGCCUGCUGCAAAAAUAUCUGUAUCAUAAUAAUAAGGGAGAAGAAAGGCGUCACUCCAGAGCUCUGUGCUACACCAAAUGGAGUCAUAUAUUAGCACUUAAAUAGAUGGAGAUGGGAAAUAAGGGUAGAAGGAGUGCCUGCAUUUCAUAUAAUAUUAAUAACACUUUGCAUUUAAAUAGCUGCAUCUUUCCAUCCAGAUCUCAAAGCCCUUUACAAACACAGGGUACAUAUUCUUAUUCCCAAUAUUAUCAAUGGGUGCAACUAAAGCAGUGACUUGCACAAGCCAGGCCACAUCUACGCUAUGGCCUUGUCUCCACUAUGCCAGGGAUUGAUGCUGUAGCGAUUGAUUCACUGGCAGUUGAUUUAUUGCUUCUGCUUAGAUGUGAUAAAUCGAUCUCUGAGCCCUCGCCCCGUCAAUGCUGGUACUCCACCAGGAUGAGAAAAGUAGUCUGCGUUGACAAGAGCGCAGCCCCCACCAACCUUACUGUACCCAAGAUGCCACGUUAAGAACAUCGACUUCAGCUACGCUAUUUGUGUGAGAAGUCACACAGAUUGGAGUGAUGGCGGGGGUUAGUGCAGACCGGCCAUAAGGGUGCUACAUUGAUGGAAGAUGUUUUUCCAUUGCUGUAGGUAAUCUACCUCUCCUAGGGACAGUAACUAGGUUGAUGGAAGAAUUCUUCCUUAAAACUCUAUCCUAGAGGUUAGGUCAGCAUCAUUAUGGUGCUCAGAGCAUGUCGACGUUUAAAAGUAGACCAACUCUCAGUCUGAUCUGGGAACAGAACCCAGAUUUCCUGACUGUGUCACACCAACUGUAGUUGCCACUUAAAUUCAGGACUUUCUUUGCUGUUUUUGAAUCAGAGCAGAUGUGCCUUUGAAGGAGAGGGAUGCUUAAAGAUAAUUAAUUUAAAAGAGCAAUCAAAAAUUUCUAAUGUAUAGCCCAAUCUAUUGGAGUUACAAAUUUAAGCAGACUUAUGCCCGUGAAAAGACUUUGUGAUUGACCCAAAUUAGUGGUUAGCCAAUACACUGACAGUUUUUAAUAUUUUUAUACUAUAAAGUACUGCUGUUUAUUUUCAUGUAGAACCUAUCUACAAUUCAUAUCUGCUCUCAUUUAGAAGCCACAACAUUUAACCACGCAAGCUGCAGGGGAAAGUAAUUACAUCUAAAAGAAGACACACACUUUUACCUGUCUUUUUUUUCUUUUGCUUUGAAAAACCAGUAGCAAUUUACAGAAAGGCUUAACUUCCUUAGUAGUCUAAAAAGUUAGCUAUGUACGACUACUAUUGCAAACACAUAGUUGGAAUAUAUUGUACUCAUGAAAGCUAAUCACAAUAAGAAGCAGAAUACAGAUAAUAUUUGCUGUUUGCAGUUGUACAGUUAGUAAGCUUAUCAAGUUUCAUGCUUUUCAUUUUUAGUGUGUUAUUGCUUUCCUGACAAGAUAAAAAAGAUGUCAUACAUGGAUAAUAUAAAUACAGUAAGGGCUAACCAUAAUAUUGCUGCAAAUAUGUAAUAAUCUUUUGUUAAAUUAAUGAAAUCAAUAUCCUUAAGGGUGUUAGUAGGAAAUUUGCCAUGCUAGAGAUCACUCUAGAAGGCACACUAGCUAAAGACUCAAGGGUUUCAAAGCAAAGAUUGAGAGUACCCAUGUCUACAUGGUGACAGCAUGAAUUAGGUUGUAGGAAAAUAUUAGAUCAGCAGAACAUCCAUAGCAUGCUUUCCCAAUGCUGCAAGAAAAAUAAGUGCAGCUACCAUCUCCUUUCGCCCAGUAUAAACACAGGGUUUGGCACAACUGUUCUUCAUGAGUAUAGUGAAAAAUAUAUAUUUUCUGCCACUAAAUUCUAUCCCUUAAGCUAUGGAAAUCUAUCUUGGAGAGAGUUAGUAUAUAUCACAAUCAAAAUCUUGGGUCUUACACAACUUGGGAUCUUUGGAGUAUUUGAAAUCAGAAUUUUGCUAAUGGGUAAAAUCAUAUACCUUUUCAGAAAUACUAUAUAUGACUAUCACACAAUUCUUCCAGCCACAAUGUUUCACUCUGCCAUUCAUUUACCUAGCUACACAUGCUCCAUCAGUAAUUAAUACCUGUGCCCAAUGAAUUCAAUAGACUUUUUUGUCAUUGGCUUCCUUGGGAGCAAGCCUAGAGCUUUGCAUAUAAUUAAUUAAAAAUUACCUAGAUAUAGUGGAAUUAUUUUAUAUUUUUCAAGAACUUUACAUGGUAUGUUUUUAACAUGUUUAAUUUUCUCUGAGACUCUAUUUGAAUGUAUUGCUAUAAUGAUGCCGUGUACCACAAGAUAUUCUAGCCCUCCUGCUCUUUUAAAGACAGAUAAAGUACCAGGGAUAACAUCCCAUUGUUUUGAAUUGUCUUGGCUCUCAAGAAAUUAAGUCAUCUUCCACAAGUUGUUUAUUUCAGCUGACUUUACUUAAACAAGUGUCCAAUCCAAAGGAUUCCAGUUUCACACAAUUUGGGCAUAGAAAUAUUUAAAAAGUACCAUAAAAAUUACUUGGCAGACUUUUCCCCAUAUGGACUCUCUUUUUGUUGGAUUUUAAUAAGCAGCACAAAGAAGUAUGUGAACUAAUUAUUUAUUGUGGUUUACACAAUAAAUUGGCUAGAUGACAUGUUCUACAAAAACACUGCAACCUAUUAGGUGAUAGUCUAAAAAUAAAACCCCAAGAAGGGACAGGUUUUCAACAGCAUUAUAGAGACCAGUGCACCCCUGACUUGGAUAAGUAGAGGGGUAAUUGCACACACAAAUCCAGUAGGAACCUUGGUUAUAUCAACAUACAAUUACCCAAAUGAAAUGUGAAAUCAGGGUACAUGUGUUCCCAUUAAGCGUGACUCGAUGUUUUGGCACUGCCCCGAAAUUAUCAUUUGAGUAUCCCGAAUCAUUUCCCCAUUUUAUAUAUUAGACUCAUCUUACCAAGAGCCAUAAAUGUAUAAACCAUACAGAAACUAACACUUUGAUCCUUACAGUGGGACACCCACUGACAUCUCACUGUAGGAUCUGCCUGAUCAAUAUGCUCUCUCUCCUAUCUUGGUGGAAGGCUUGUUUUUAUUUUUAAAUCCAUUGAUCUUACAUUUUCCUUCAAGACCUAAGCUGUGUAGGAUGGGAUAGUAAUUUUAUGGCUUCAGGGGUUCUACUGCUGCUUGCAUUAAGCUGGAUGAAAAGAAAUGCUUUUCUUCCUAAGUUUAAGACAUAGCUAAUUAACUUUUAGAUGUGUUUGUGUAUGUUCCUAUACACACAUAUGUUCUAUAGUUGGGUUGCAGUCCUGAAACUGGCACCAAACGGACAGAUCCCUGAACCUGCAUGGUGUCAGCUAAAGAAUCAAGGCUCUUCAAACAUGUAUAUAAUUUAGACUACAUUUUAGUGGUUUUAUUUACAGCUACAUGACAUCUGCCUAUGCUACUGUAUCUGCUUUUCAUCAUUUUAUAUGCAAAUCAUUUGAUAAAUAAUAUAGUCUUAACCAACUUCAUAUUUAUUUCUGGAGAAAGGGAGGAUCCUAACAGAGUUAUGCAUUUUUGUCUCUUAAAAAUGUUAUAGCUAUGCUGAAUAGGUUCAAAAUACAUAGUACUAAAUUAUUUUCUUGCUGAGCAGUGGUUUUCCAGUAUUAAUAUUGUUACAUAAAUAAACAUUGCUCUCUUGCUCUCUCUGAAGAAACAUUUGAUUCACCUUGGAAGAGUUAAUAGCAUUUGUGAGUAAUUUGUUCUCACUUUAUCUGGAAAAUAGCCAUAUUUGCACAUGAGGAAAUUCUGUCUUUCCUCAGUUAUCUGAAUGUUUCACCACAGUGCCUUCCUGCUAUUGUACCAAAGGCCCUCCAAAUGUACUGAAUGCAAGGUGAACAACUCUAAUGCAUUUUCCAUCAAUGUUAUACCAUGUUAAGUACAUGGGGCUCAUUGUAACUCAAAGUUCGUUUAGCUGCCUUUUAUUCACCCACACUUUUCCAUCAUAGCUUUGACUCUAAAUUACAGGAUGAGCUCCUAUAAACUGUUGCAUCAAUUAUAUAAAUACAUAAAACUAAAUAAUCAUUCUAGAUACGUAAAUAAUCUGAAAGAGUAAUGGGGGUUGACAGCUACAAGGAAGAUUUUUUUGGUCAGUUACAAAUGUUGUAAGUAAGUUUGCCAGGGGAGUGAUUGCUUGUGACGAGAUUUGUAAUGAAAUAUGCAGCCUGGUUUUGUUUUUCUCCAUGAGAAUGAGCAAAAUGGAAGAUCUGAACAGCAGCAGUGGAUUGAAAGUGUCUAUUGAAAGUGUUUUUAUUGGUAGAAAGAAUGUAGAAGAGCCAUUUUUUGCACUUGCUUUAUUUGUAUCCAUGUAAAUAUGUAUUACUUCCAUUCUUCCUGUAGGAAUACACCAUUUUCUGAAUGUAGUAUAUUUCCAAAGACAGUACUAUGUUAUUCUCUAUUGUAUAAAAAUGCUGCUGCUUGAUAAUAUAUCUAAAACAGUUCUCAAAAUUAGCUAGCAUGUUUUUAAUAUAUUUUAUAAUCCAUAUCUUAAAAAAUAAAAGUGUUUAUGCUUUUUAUCUACCCCAAAUAUGCAACAUCUUUUGCAUUAGAAAUAGUAUUUAUAAAGGAUUGUUUUGUAUUUUUCCAUGUGGAUUAAUUUCUCUAUGAAUUUGCUAUUGAAAUUUUUCCUUGUAAGAGAAAUGAUUUCAAGUUGGUAGUUGAUAAGUAUUCCAAAGACUUCACACAUGUUUCUUAAUACGCUCUUUUUCAAAGAACUUCAAUGUGACUUGUUUUCCCCUGAAUUACUUUCCAAAUUGUUAUUUAUCACAGAACAAUUAAUGUCUGCCUACAUUUAAGAUAUAAAAUUGAGUCAAGUACCACUGGAUUUGACACAUUUUCUAUUCUCUGGUGGCUCAAAUUAGACUUGACAUUGAAUGUUUGUUAUUUACACAGUUUGUGCUUAUGACUUAGGAGAGGUGGCUACAUUGGGUUUAGAAAAAGUGGACCACAGAUUUCUAAAACUCAGUUACUUAUUGUUUCCUAUGGAAUUUGUGAGUGUUUUUGUAUGGUCCAUGAUUUCACACAUGUAAUUUGAAAGCAGUUAGUUUGCCAUCAGACAUGAACAUGGAUAGACACCAAUGAGCUCUUAAUACAAUAUGAAAUAUCCACACCUUUGAACAUUUCACAUGAAGUUAGCAUACCUUUCUCUUACCUGUGUGCUACUGUGUAAUCCCAGUGAAUGCCAGAUGAUAACAAUUUGCUUAACCAGUAUCAAUCAUCUUAUUACAGACUAUGUAAGAUUUGUUUUAUCUAUUUUUUACAAGUUUUCCUUGUGUGUAAUCUAAAGAAAUAAACUGGUACCUAACCAAUGCUGCAAUAAAGUUUCAAAAGCAGGUGCUUGUAGCUGUGUACAAUCAUAUAGACUGCCAAUGAGGGGCAAGCAGGGACAAAGUUUAUAUUUUGAGUUUCCUUCUCUAACUCCCCUAAAACUGCUAGAGGAUUCCAGCAAUAAUGAUUUAUACAGAUGCUAUGUGGAAUAUACUGGGUUUCCAAUCAAUCCAUAUAUCUGUAUUAAGUAUUAAGGACUAAACUGCAAUGCAUAUACUCAAGAUGAGCAGUUGUUCAUUAGUGCAUGAGUAAUCCAAUGGGUGAAGUCAAGUAUUAUUCAGUGUCAGUAAGGAUGGCAUAAUUGGGCAAUAAGUAAAUCAAUUAAAAAUAACCAUUGCUGGUAAUCCCCAUAUUCCCAGGCUUGCUGCUCAAGUCUCAGUCUCUAUGUUCUGCAAACACUCAGCAUUAAAUGGAGACACUCAACUCAUGUAAGCAAAUGACUUUCAAACAGACAUUUUACUGUUAAAUUGCUGGCACAAAAAUCUAAGUUUAAAACGUGAAGAGCGGCUUAUAUCCACACACAUUCCUAUGCAAAACAUUAUUAACCUCCAAUUCAAUGAUUUUUCCUCUCUGUAAAAUAUUUUAUAUAGCUUGUACUAUGAUAAUUUAGCAAUAAAUCAAAGAACAACAUCUGUGGCAUGUGUGUGUG